UAUUGGACAAGGUGCAUCGAUGCAUAUCACUAUAAUGAUAUUGACAGAUUUAACCAGGGAAAUUGUCCACAAACAGAUAAUAAUCUUCAGAGCAAAUACGCAGCAGCUAUACAUUGAGGACACUUUGUGUAGGAUACAGUCAAGUGGCAAUAGUUUACACGUCAAAGUUGACUUUUCCAACUUUUUCCCAUGGUCUUUUAGACACUGCACACGAGCUCUCUGCUGUAAUUUCUGCAGCUGGCCGAGUGGUUUUCGGAAUCCGGAUAUGAUGAACAUGUUUUUGACCAAACUUUUAUCAAGCGAACCAGCAGAACGUCGAGGACAUUAGGAGUAAUAUUACAACUUUCCCCGCGCGAUAAUCGGAAUAAAGCGGAUCAUUGGAAACGUAUUGAUAACUUUGGAGAUAUUUGAUUGUACAACUAGUGCAGCAUUUUCAAACGAGAAGGCGUUUCACUAUGGAGGAGGGAUGGGAAGAAGUCAAACUUGGGCGCAGGGAGUUGUCAUGUUUGUAAGGGUUAAGGGCUAAGGAGGAAAAGGAGGCUCAUCUUUAUCUGUCGUGUAUCUCUCCAAGAGGACUGUCUCAUGUCCACGGAGACCGUCUUACCUCCGGAAGGGCCUGCUGGGCCAGGGAAGAACCUUCAACAGGAGACAAGUCCUCUUCUCCCAAACUCUCACGAUGCUUGUGGCAGUAACGGAUCACCUUCAACUACAAACCCAUCCGGAACAUCGUGUCCCAGAGGCAGGUCCACUGAAGGACAAAGUCACGUGACGGGGGAAAACACGACCUAUUGUGACCCUGUUCGAACUCAACCCCAGCCUACCGCCUCUGCGCAGGGAGAGCUCGACGAGGGAGGAGAAGAUACUGCUUCUGCCAGGAGUCAAAAUGACCACCAAUCCUCCACCGGCCUGAGUAACGGCAAUGGAAUCCGCCGGCAAUGUUCCUGUGGGGCGGAGCAGCACAGGAAGCAGCACCCAUCGCCCGGCGUCUCCCAAAAGAGCCAGCUUCGUUCCGGCGUCUCCCAGAAGAUGCAGAGCCAGCUUCGUUCCAGCCUGUCGGUCAACAGCGACAGCAGCAGACGGAGUAAGGGAAGCUCCACCGGAUCUCACAAGCCUGGGACGUUACCAGAGGACUGCUGUGUCCACUGCAUCCUGGCCUGUCUGUUCUGUGAGUUCCUGACCCUGUGCAACAUGGUGCUGGCCCAGGCUAGCUGUGGCACCUGCACCUCGGAGGGCUGCUGCUGCUGCUGCUGCGCUGAGGACAUGGGAGACGACUGCAACUGCCCCUGCGACGACAUGGACUGUGGCAUCAUGGACGCCUGCUGCGAGUCCUCCGACUGCCUGGAGAUCUGCAUGGAGUGCUGCGGCAUCUGCUUCCCCACAUAGGAAGGACCAUGAUGGGGACGGGAUUGGGAAUGAUGGCCGUAGUGCUACUGCUACCUGUACUUUACACUCCAGCAGAGGGAGGGAGAGAGGGAAAGUGUGUGUGGGUUAAUGUUAGCAUAUGUGCGUGUGUACAAGUGCAUGCCUUCGCUAUAAGCCCACAGAGAGAGCUAUUAAUCUACACUGGGCCUUUCUGCCAACAUGGCCAAGCAGGGGCCAAAAAUAGUUUAGAAAUGCUUUUGUUACGUACCACAAGUAUAAACGUGUUAUUUUAAUUGACCAAAGUGUGUUUACUGUUGACAACUAUGUUAAUCAGCUCCUUAAAAAGUAUUACUUUAGAUGCCUUAUUGGAAAGGAAGAUCAUCUCUAUCGUUUCAGGAAUCCUAUCCGACUGACAUCUUUGCCUUUAAAAGUGUUCUUCUCUUUCACUACCAAACUGUCAAUGCCUGAUGCAAAAUCAAAGGAAUACAUAUUUUACCUUGAUAUUUAGCAGCCUUUUUGUGUGUUUUAGUCAGUACUGUAUGACACUGUAAUAACGUUGAUGUUUCUGGGAUGUGUUUUUCCUACUCAUAUUAAUACACCUUCAUGACACCCAUUCAUGAACAAUGUGCGUCAACCGAUCAGAACAGCUGUAGUUCUAGUCCAUAUCUACUGUAGUUUGCAGAACGAUACGUAUUGAAAAGCUUCACGUAAAGGAAGUUUGAAGAUCAGCACUAAAUCCGGUAGAUUUGUGUAUACCUUUUCUGUUAACAAUGUAUUUAAUCACUUAGACACAUUUUAGUUGUCUUUCGGAUUCAAGUGUCCUUGAGUUACUUACAGAACUGCACAAAUGAAGCUCCGUUACGUAUAACCAAUGCUAAUCUCGGAAACGUAGAACUAAAAUCUCUAUCGCUUGUUAGUUGUCCCAUCCCAGUUUCUUUUGACAGAUGUUACGAUACCAUUUUUGCUACGUAGUCUAAUAAUAGCAAAAUAUCUACCUGUGUCAACAAAUCUCUUUGAGAAGGAGUGAUGGAUCACAGGCAGGGUUACCUACAGGGUUAACAUGGAGUUAAAGGACGUCUGGGUUGUCCGCCUCUGGAGUAUGCUGCCAUUGCUGUUAUUAGAUCAGAGGAGAUUUUGAUUUAGGCCUACCGUCAGCAGUUCAGAUAUGAGUAGUAUUAUUCUUGUCAGAUUGUUCCUGAUUGUUGGCCUGAUAUAACUAAUGAUUUAAUGAACAUUUGAGUUAUACUGUAGCGUGUGCCCUCACGCAAUGUUAAAGCCAUAUUGUUGGAGCUAAUGGUUUUAGUCUAUCCUGAAGACUCUCACCAUGGUUUUCACCUGUCAGUCUUUCAAGCCGUGAAUAUACUGGAUACACAUUGGAAAUACUGGCUUCCUGGAAUAUACAAGGGAUAAAACAUUUGUCCGACUGGUGAAUUGCACAACAUUUUCUUAUUGUAGGAAACAAUGUUUUUAUAUUGUUGACGAUCAAUUAUUUGCUCAGUCUUACACUCACUUUGACAUACUGUACGGUACGACGGUUACUUCUGUGAUGUUAUUUAGCAUGUAUUUGGGAUGCUGCCUCCAGUAUUAUUUGUUCAACUGCACUCUUUAGUAACAGAAAGUGACAAGGAAUUAUAACAUGGCUGACCCUGUUUGCCAUAAGCGGCUUUUGGAUUACAAGUGAACGACUCGCGACACAAUAAAGGAAAUAUUCUGAACUGUCAGAUUCGGAGGAGAAGAGAAUCCUAAACUUAAUGCACAACAUUUUUUUUUUUUCAGCAGAUUUUUCUCCCCCCUCUUAAUUCUGUGUAUCAAGUUGAGUUCGUGGUGAAUCAUUUUCCUCGGUCUGGAAGAAAAGAUUUGCUUUGAUCUUGUUUUAGUGAUACUUAACACGGGGACUCAUUUAGUGUGUUGCUAUUCUAAAUGGUAAUGUUCCUUCUCUUCACACCAUCAAAGAUAAUGUGAUGUCACAUCUUAGGCUUGCUCCUCUAAUGGGCGAUUGUUGUUAUGUUUAAAGGAGUUGGAAGGACACCUCCGCAGCAGAUAGUGUUCCGUCGCACGCUGUAUGAAACUAAGCCGCAGACCUCUUAACAUUCGUAUGAUAAACUAACACGGUCGUUCUCUGGAUACGCAGGCCUAUUAACAGGAACAACACUAUAGAUAAUGUGAAGACAUAGUGUUUACAUGUAUUUAUCUUUUUUCUCUCAAACUAGUAUGUUUUUAUAUUCUGUCAAUGAGUUGAUGUGUAUGUGAUUAUACUGUACCGUCUUCACCGUUUCUAUCUUCUAGAAGACCUCUUUUCACUGCAUUAGCAUACAACACACUUUGUAGGUUAUACAUUAAUUCAGAACCAUGUCUGAAAUAAUAAAACAUUUAAAAAAAUAAGUAUGAA